CGGUUGAUUUUCGUCUGGUGAUAUGAAACUACCUAGCUGCUGCUUGACUUCCAUCCAUUCCACCCUUUCUUACAACUUCGCGCUCCUCUGGAGUCUGUCUGAAUGAACGGCAUUUUGUCAUAGGCGUAUUGUAUUGUACAGUACAUGUGCUCGCUAUUGAAGAGUGACUGAUAGGCACUCUCUUCAUCUCAAUUCAAGAGCUUCCAUCGUUCUUCUCAAACCUCCCCUUUGCUGUCCUUCACCGCCACAAUCUCCAGUUCAACCUGCGAGAACAAAGGCUGUCAAAGAGGACCACCCACACACCAUCCACAAACCUGCUUCAGCUAUCAUGGACCCUACCCGAGCCUCACCCUCUUCUACCUCACCCCUACGCAUUCUCACCCGCCACCCGGCCCUCACCUUCGCCGGUCUGGCCCUAGCAGGCGCUGGUCUCGGCUUCAGGCACGUAGCCGCCACCUUGCGCGACAACGAGCUGGCCCAGAAGAACUCGGCCGCCCGCAACUUUUACGUCAGCGUUGACCGCAGCGGGGGCGGCAUCUGAGGUUCCCUCCCCUUUGGAGUGUUGUUCCAUAGAUUACUACGGUACUACUAGUAUCCCGAGGACAACUGUUCCUGGCGAGAGACCAUCACCACCACUACUACUUAGCAAUCCCCGUAUUAGAUGAUAGCUCGGUCGUCUAGAGUGUCAGCUUCGGGCCGGCUGUGGAAAUGGAAAGGGGGAGAAACUCAAGCACAGCGGAUUCAGAGUAGAGGGAGGCCCAAAUUGUAUCGGAGUGUGUGGUGAUGACAGUGGUGAUGAACUAGAGCUAGC